CCUCCAUCCUGGGUGCUGUGCCCUGGACAGGGUGGGGAAAUGGCUCCAUCUCUUCUUUUUCCCUCUGUUCCAGGGGACUCCGAGGCCACUCCUCUCUUGGCUCUCUCCAGGGUAGAGGGAGGGGGCUUGGGCUGACCGCACACAGCCCAAGUCUUUCCACCUUAAAUCCACUGAGAGUUUAUAUUGGAAGCAUCGCUGGAGUCUCGUUUCUCAUUAAGGCUCUCCGUGCACCAUUUGAUGAAGGACAUUGGACAUUGAGGUCCCGGGAAAGAGGUCUGACCUGGCAGCGACCCUUCCCCACUCCCCGAAAGGUGUCCGGGCUUGUUUGUGCCCUACCCACCUGGGAAGAACACCUGCGGCCCAGAUUCUACCCGAGGGACGGAGGAGGACGCAAGAGCCUGAUCAAGAGCCUGAUCGGGCUAAAAUUCUCUGGAUCCAACCAAUGGACAGCAAGGGCGUGGUCGGGCCGGGGUCCUCCGGCUGGGUCUGUCUGCAGCCUGGGGCCCAGCCGUUCCUUCCUUCCGGCAGUUUUUGUUUCAGCUCCUAGGUCUGCAUGCCACCCCGCCAUGGGCCUGGAUCUCUACCUCGACCUUAUGUCCCAGCCCUGCCGCGCAGUCUACAUCUUUGCCAAGAAAAACGGCAUCCCUUUCCAGCUGCGCACGGUGGAGCUGCUCAAAGGCCAGCACUACACAGAUUCCUUUGCUCAGGUCAACCCCCUGAGGAAGGUGCCAGCCUUGAAGGAUGAGGACUUCAUCUUGGCUGAGAGUGUGGCCAUUCUGCUGUAUCUGAGUCACAAGUACAAGACCCCUGACCACUGGUACCCCCAGGACCUGCAGGCCAGAGCCUGGGUGGAUGAGUACCUGUCCUGGCAGCACACGGCCUUGCGGAGUUGCUGCACUUGGGCCAUGUGGCAGAAGAUGAUGUUCCCUGUUGUGCUGCAUCAGCUGGUGCCCCAGGAGACAUUGUCGUACACUUUGGCUGAGCUGGACAGUUGCCUGCAGCUGCUUGAGACCAAGUUCCUUCGGGAUCAGGCCUUCCUCACUGGUCCCCAAAUCUCUGUGGCUGACUUGAUGGCCAUCACGGAACUGAUGCAUGUGUUGCUGAGCAGCCUUGCCCUCCCAUGCCUACUCUUAGUCCUGACGACUACCUUCUCCAUCCCCAACUUUGGCUCCCAGACUUGUCACUCGUUCCUGCCAUUUCCUCUCAAGACUGUCACGACCCACCUUGUCUUUGUGACCCAAGACCCUCUGAUAUGUGAUAUUUAAUAAACUGUUAACAGGACAGGGAAGAUCAUAGCAGAACUUUUCUUGACCUCCCUGACUUCCCUGUAGCCUCCUCUAUUAUGUACAAUUAUAUAGUAACUUUUAUGUGUGAUUGACUUUGUUUAUAGACACUCAGAGAAUUUUAAUUAUACUGUAUUUGAGUUUUUGGUUUUGGUAAUGGGGAUCGAACUCCGGACUUUGCGCUUGCAAGGCAGGCGCUGGAACCACUUAGCUAAAUCCCCGGCCCGAUUAUACUGUAUUUGAAAGUUCCAACUCAAGUGACUUUGGAAAACUACCAGCAGCCCAGCUGGACCGGGUGGGAGGGUCCUUGAUAAUACCAAAGUCUAUUGGGGGGGUUGCCUACAGAACUUCCGGAAAUCAGAGCUAGCUCAGCUGUCCCGUCUGCAGAGGCGGGGAUGCCCUCUGGGUAGCCAAUUGGGGAGCGGUGAGUCUGCUCAGCCAAUGAGGAGCCUGGUUGCCGUGGCGCUCCGCCCCUACUCCGUAUUGUGCUGCCCUUUGGAACUUCCAACUCUACUCCAACAUCUUUGCUGCUGCUAUUCCUCUAGCUCUCCCUGCCUUGUCUGACAGCUGACCGUUGAGCUGACUGUGUUCCCGCGGGACUGGAGAAGCGGGUCUGCACGGCCAUCCUGGGCAAACCCGAGGAUGCGAGCGAGGAUUGAGGUUGCCUGGACGAGGGGAGGUUGGGGAGCAGCAGUCAGGUUCUGCCCACACCUCGCCUUUCAAGUGACCUGGACUCUUCUCCCUAAGGACCUUAAUUCUCCCGCCAACCCUCACGUUCCAUGCCCCAUGAUGCCGGGUGGCCUGCCUUUCCGUUGCCCGUACUAGCCCUCCCCAGCCAUGCCCCCGACGUACGCGACCUCCAAGGAACCCAGCCGCUCUUGUGCUCUGCCCUGCUGCUGCGACGUGCCCUGGUCCCAUACUCCACCUUCAGGUGAAAUUUUCCUGUCCCCUACGACGUGUGACUGUAAAGGUGCGGCCUGGCCUGACGGUGGUGCUGUGUGCAUCCGCGGAGCCCUGCACGCAUUUGCUCCUGCCCUCCAUCUGCCUGGUGGGCACAGCGGAGCAGAACCAGCGCCGGCUUCUUCGAGUUCCUCACCAGGGAUCUGGGCCUGGGUCCGGACCAGUGUGUAAUGGUAGUGAGAGGACCCGUUUGGAACUGCUGUGUGACGAGAAGCAGUGAUCCUGGCAUUACAGUCCUUGCUUUGCCCAGGAAGGACUGACACAUUUAAGGCCUGGCACCCUGGGCCCCUUGACUCCUAUGUUCUGUUGAGCGUCUAUGUUCAGGGUGAUGUUAAAGUUGAGUAACUUCCUGGUUUUGCAGUGGACCCUGUUGUCGAUCAAUUCAAACUAAAAAACCAGGGGUUUUAGAAAUUGCAACUAGGGAAAUAGCUCUGAACAAGUGUUCUGAGGAAGGAAUGCAAAGUGGGACUUUAUAUUGGGAUGCACUAGUGAAAACUUUUGUAGGAAUCUUCUUUGAGAAAGAACAGAGACUGUUUGAGAGAUAAAAGAUAAAGAAAGUGUAUAUUUAGUGAAACUAUCCAUAAAACAAGAGUCUGAUAA